AUGCUUGCUCAAAAUUGGAUAAAGCGAAGCAAACAGGAUAAUCUGAGACACAGAUUCCGAGUCAGCAGACAGAUCAACUCAUUGUCCUCAAACACCUUUGUGUCUUUGGUCUUCAAGGAAGCCAAGUAUUUCACAAUAGAGUUUGGUUCGAUCAACUCGAAUCCGGAUUUGGUAUCCUGGAGCCUCAACUCUUUUUUGCCUUCACUGUCCGCCACUAACUCAAGUUUGGGCUGGAAAACCGAGGCUGCUAUCGAAACCUUCAAAUUUUCAACCAGGGAUAAAACGGAUCCAUCCUGGGAUGACAGUAAUUGUAACGACAUCGUUAUCUUGAACACUAGUUUUGUGGCUAAUUGA